AGAAAACGCCUGAUAAAACAAUAAUAAAUAGCUGUCUCUGCAUUCGAGAAAUACUUCUUAAAAUGAAAUAUCCUCCCUCUUUUCAUUGAUUGAUUCACUGAUCAGUCCCUCCAGGAUUCACAAUUGGGUUUUUUGUGAUUUAUUCUUUUUUUUUUUUUUUUCUGCAAUCAUAAUCACAGAUUUUGUGCCGCCAAGCAGACAUUUAUGUAAGUAAUGUUUUAGUUUGGCACGUGUUUUAGUUCACUUCUCUUCUGGAAGACCCAGAGACGACUCUUUCUAUUUCUAGUAGAGUCCAUCUGAUUCCUGAUGGAAAUCUCAUUUUACAAGGAGCUGGGGACGCCGCGCUCUCUGUUAAAGUUUCAUAAGUCAUUUGAAGAAAAACACCCCCCACGGAAUGACAGAUCCUCCACCAGAAUUAUCGUGAACCUUGACCUCUCUUGACCAAAGCACACAGUUCCGGUUGAGGCGCCAGCAGACUUUGUCAGUUGCCACUUUGUUGCAUUUAUCUGGAACAAAAUGUGAGGUCGUGUUCGCCUCACUUUAGAACUGCCAUGCAGGGAGCCGCAAAAAAAGCACUUUGGACGCCGCGGCCUUAAUACAUGGAGUUGUCAUUUGAAAACUUUUUAAAUUCACACAGGUUCUCUGAUAUUUACGGCAGCAUAUUAGGGCCAUUGUAGAUAGGGGAGGGAAAUGCAUUUCUGUCAAAAAAAUAAAUAAAUAAAAAGUUUUAAAAAUCUUCGACUAAUUGAGUAUUCUCAAACCUGAGGGGGGAAAUGUAUACUUUCCAAGCUCGGAAAUAUAUAUGUACAUAUUUAUUUAUUUUUUUUUCUUGAAAAGUUCAUAGAUUAAUCGCGAAACUUCUGAGUUUUGUGGCGGAAAGGUACGGUUAGGUCUGGAAUGUUAAAAUGUAACAAAAAAAAGUAUAAAACAGAAACUCGUGGGGGUGGGGCGGCAGACUCUAUUUAACGGAGCUGCACAUGCAGUUCAAUGCUUUGCACCCAUCAGGUCUUAGUAAAUGAAUUUCGUGUGAUUGCUGUUGGUCAGUAUCCCGACUAAGACUUCUCUCUCCAAAGGUCCUACUGCUCUUCAAUAUACAGUUUCUCUCUCCAAAUUUAAAGUUGUGUGUGUGUGUGUGUAGCUUUGGUCAGUGUGUCGAGGUUAAAUCAGAUCUGAAAAGCCUCGGCUGGAGAUUCGGGGAUGGAAGGGAGGAAGGGAAUGAAAUGGAUCAAGAUGAGUCUAGGAAUGAAAUUGAAACAGAUGGACCUGAGCUGUCUGUUUUGGAUUUAUUUAUACGGCUGGAUUAAAGGCGUGUGUGUGUGUGUGUGUGUGUGUGUGAUUGAGAGAUACUCUCCUGCUUGUGUCGGAGUGACAGUCACACCCCCCACGUAGAGGUCACCGUGGUGACCAAAAUCCUCCCGUCAUCAGUGGAGCGGAGUGGGGAGCCAUCACUCCUUUUCCACUUUUCCUCUCCAAGAGGAGGCUGAGGGAAAACGCACAGCAGGUAAGAAUCCUCCCUUUGUCUCCAACACACAGUUUGGCUCGGAUGUGUCGCGUCCGUCCCCUGGACGGUUUCCAAGGCGAUGCCAGAUUUCCUCUCCAGUUAAUAUAGUACGUCUUCGUCGGGGCUGUGUGAGUUUCUGUCUGUCCGCAACAGUUGGCAGCGAUUGCCGUUUCGAAAGAUUGAUUCGUAGCCCUUUGCAACUUCUGUGAAUGUUAUUGGGAGUUUUCGUGACCGACCAACACAAGCGGCACAACGUUGGGAAGUGGGGCUAAAAAUGAUGCGUUGUUAGAAGUUUUUUUCUUAUUUAUUUAAUUUUUUUUUUCAGCAGAAAGAAAAACAUUAAAAAAAAGAAAAAAGUCUUGACAGUGUGAUGUGUAGUUUCGUUCAGGCCUCUGAAUCAGUGCUUUGAAGACCGGCUUCUGUCUGGUAAAUUCCUUUGGGUUUUUCUCUACUGGCCGUGUGCAGCCAGAGCAGGGGUCAACGACCUUUACAGCGCUGACAGCAGGUUUCGUCUUCGCUCCAGCUAGACAACGUCGAAGACCCAUAAAAGAUACAAGACGCUUCAAAACAAAAUAGCCACUUUUAUCAAUAUCUGUCGUAGGAAUUUAAUUUUUAGAUUCGAGAAAAGCUUCUUUUUUUUCCGUUAAAGGGAAAUAAAUACAUCUUUCUUACCAGGAUGUUUACGUUUUGUGUAUCUUUUUUUUUUAGCAGGCAGUUUGCAGCCUAAAGGCAAAGAAAUAUUCUUAAUACUAUUAGUUAAUAAAAAAAAUUUAAAAACUGUAUGUAUUUAUUACAUCAACUUUUUAUAUAUAUAUAUCUUGCUGUGAUUUUUUUCAUUUUUGGCCAUAGUUACAGCCACAAUGGAUGGUCUAGGGAGGUUGCAGAUCUCUAGAAAGUGAAAUUGUUUAUUUUUUUUUAAUUUAUUUUGCAAAAUAAUUCAAACCCAGAUUUGGAUGAAUAUCAAUUUUCAUGUCUUGCCACGGAUUCUCAAUGGGGCUGGACUGUCACUGAGCCGUUCAAACAUGCUGUGAUCCAAAUCCGUGGUGAAAGAAGUAAUUUCAAUUUUCUUUAUUGUCAUUAAAAUAAUUGUUUUGUGAAUGUGACUUAUUUAGAAGAUGUAAUAUUUGAAAGAACCAAUGUUGUAGAAAGGGAAAUCUGUAGUUCAUUGCAGAGUUGAAACAUGAGGAGGUUCUCGCACUUUUGCGACAUUAAAAGAAAAUCAAAAAAAAGUUUCUGAUUUUUUUUCUUUUUCUUCUGUGUCUACAUUUAGAAAACAGUCCAUGCUCAGCAUCUAAAAUGAGAUGCAGCUGAGCAGAUCACUCACCGUCUUCCACUUUGGCCCUGGCUGUUUACGGUCAAGGGUGAACCUCCAGCCUUUCUCCUUUCCUGUCCGCCAUUUUGUAUUGGUCUGUCACACAAAAAUCACAACAAAACGCAGACGUUUUAGGAGUAUAUUGCACAGAAUUCACAUGCACUCAUCUGUUGCAUCUCCUCGGAGAUUUAGUUAGAAAAAGUGUACGUCAUCUCAACAAGGCUUUUCUAACAAAGACAAAAAGAAAAGGAUCAGACGUCUUUAUUUUAACUGUUGUUUCCCUCCACCACCCUCCUCUUCCUCCUCCUCACAGGAUGGCCUUCCUCAAGAGGGUGCGCUCCCCUUCCCUGUCCUUCUUCCAGACAGUCGUGUCCCUCCUGCUGAGCACCGUGGCCCUCACCUCCUCCUUCUGGUGCACGGGCCAGCAGAAGGUACCCAAGCCUCUCUGCACGGCCACCAAGUUCACGCGGUGCAUCCCUGUGCCGGGCUUGUCCAACACCUCCAACAUCCAGUUCUUCUGGGAGACGGGCGACGACCGCUUCGUCUUCCCGUACUUUCACACCGGCCUGUUCAUCAUCUGCGAGGAGAACAUCUACGUGGACGAAUGGGAAGAGAAAUGUCGAUGGUUUUACAAUUUGACUCCCGAAUCAGAGGAAGCAAUGAUUUGGCUGUGUCUCACGUUGGAGUUCAUGUACAUCGGUCUGCUGCUGGUCAGCUGUCUGCUGCUGUCCGCCCAGCUGUGCAUCACGGCCUGGUUUCCCUCCACGCUGCGCUGUGGCCAGAUGCUCAACGCCUUUGCAGCUGUCUUCACGGUCCUGGGAGGUCUUCUUGGGAUGGUGGGUCACAUGAUGUUCAUGCAGGUGUUUCAGACCACGGUUUCAAUGGGACCAGAAGACUUUAAACCUCACAGCUACGGCUACUCCUGGGCGUUCUAUUUGGUGUGGCUUGCCUUCACCGUGUGCAUGGUGGCGGGCGUCUCCACCCUGAACAACUACACCAAGAAGGUCCUGAUGGUGGGGCCCAGGAGUAGCUCCAGCCUCAACCCCUGCAGCUUUAACUUCAUGGGCCUCCUGCCACCCGCUCCCUGCUACACCCCCCCAAACCUGCCCGUCACCCUGUCCGCCCCUCUGCCUGCCCCCGUGAUCUCCCACCUGUCUCCCUACUACGAGCCUCCGCCGCCCGCUUCGCCGAGGCUCACCCACUCCCACUCGCUUCCCCUGACUCACUCGGACUCGUUCCCUCCUCCCCCGCCCCACCCGGCACCCGCGUCCCCGUUCCACCGCCUCUCCCUGUCCUCCCCGUCUCUCUCGCCCUCCAUCUCCGUUCACAGGAUGCUUCCGGGACGCAAGGAGCAUCCCUUCGAUCGGGACGAGGACUACAGCCCGCUUUGAACUCUCACAGGCGCAUCUCAGCGAAUGAGAAUAUCGUCAAAUUUAUUUCAGUGAAUUUGUUCAAAAAGCGAAACGCAAAUCAUCACACGUCAACACUUUUGGUCGAAAACGACUUUAUGUUUAACAAGGAGGGUAGGUCAGGUUUUGGUUGAAGACUAUUGAGUUGACCAGCAGAUGGUCACUAACUCAACAACAACCUCUCUGUUCACAGAGCACUCUGUCCAAGGAUUUUGAUGGAAAAUUGAGUGGAAGAAAAAGGUCUGAAACAGCGAACCUGAAUAAAAUCAGCUGCUGUUCUUUUAACCCUUUAGAGUCCAUGUGAAAGUAAAUCUGGUCUCUUUGUGAAGAUAUUGAUCAAAAAUGUACUUCUAUGCAGUUAAACAUAACCUAUUUGCAAUAAGCACACAGUUAUGAAGUUUGAAACACCAAACAAAUUAAAAGAUGUUUUAUUUAUUAUUUUUAUGCAGCUGCUUAUGAAGUGUUGAAGGUAUGGACUGGAAAAUGCAAUGAAACUGCAACAUGUAACUGUCUGCUUCUAUUACAAAUCUGAUUUAAAAGGAGAAUAUCUCAAAAAUAACUUUCUGCGGACAGGUUUUUGUCCGUUGCUGUCCUGCGGUUAUUUUCUUUCAACAUGCAGUCAUCAUCAGCGAGGACUCAAAUAACACAGCAAUCCUCCAUUAUAUACUGAAGUGUAAUUAUUGCCAUAUAAAUAGAAUAAAAUAGUAAGUUACCUUGCAGAAUUUGAGAUUUUAGACAAUAAUUUUCUUCACGUAUCCUCUCUCCAAUCAACUUUUAAAGUUUUAGUUCUUUGAACAAUUUUUUGAUUUUUUUCUUCUUUUCUUAGAAAAGAGCGCAACAUUUUCAGCAUUCAUCCUUGAAUAAGGGUCACCUGUCUGAACACAGAAUGAUUGACCUCAUCUCUGUUUGAAACUCAAAUGAAUAUCUUGUUGUGAACCAUCGAUCCU